CAGCAUCAGACGACAGGUGCCGAUGGGAGAAGGCAGUUUUGAAAAACGACGGCAGUAACCGACACGUUGUUCGUCAAGCCGAGCCGUGGAAUAAUUUGGAGGACAUAUCAGCCCAUGGAGUUAACUGCCACACUGCCAGCAACGUUCUUGCAUUGCUUCUCGAUAUGCCGCGGCAAAUUGCUGUUGUCAACAAGCUUCGCAACCACGAACGACGGCAUCUCCUGCCGCGGCGUUAACUGCGUUUGUUUCCUUCUUGCGCAGAGACGGCAACUUCCUGGCAAUGCUCAAGGUCUCUCUUUCUUGACUCUUUCUCACGGACUGCGCCACCAAAGUGCGAGGCGCAAAGGAAACUUGGCGGUGGGCAGCGGCGGACACCAGCAAGUUUCCCAAUUCAAUUCCAGGAACCACAUCCAUCCGCAAGUCGUUUCCCCUUGUGAGUUCCUGCUUCCUUGGAAUCCACGAUUGCUUCCACCUUUGCGCCGACGUUCCAACCCGGAGGGAGUCCUUCAGUUCCCAGCUCCACCACGCUCCUUGUUGCGUUGCUUGCCCACAUGUAUUCCGAAGGCGAGGUAAGGUGAGCCCAGUACUUUGCUGCUUGCUUCGUCAGCUACAAAGUGUGAUUCGUACACUUGCUGCGUCAGUGGCCUGGGUUUGCGUAGUUGCUUAGACUCAACCCCUU